AUGGUCUGCAAGGCAGGGCGAAUGCUGUGCAGGCCAACGUACAAGGCGUUCUCACCGAAUGCUAGCCCCUGGUCGGUGGCUGGAUGGAAUUCUUCUGCUCCCCCUCCCUUACCGCUGACGCUCAGUGAUACUUCCUUGGCCGUCCCCUUGACAUUUAUUGGUUCUUUACCACCGACGCUGAUCGAUCGCAUUCCUCUCGAAACAUUCGAAGGCAUCAUCGACCAAAUGGACCAUCCCUCAUUACCCGUCGCCGCGCUAGUCUGCAAGGCAUGGCAUCACCGUGCGACGACCAACCUCUAUUCCACAGUCGAGAUCAUAUCGCGCACAAACUACCAUCUCUUGGUAGAGCGGUUUCGAACAUCGUCCCACGUCCAGCAGAUGCUCGCCCGCACGCGCACAAUCAUCGUAAAGGGGUUUAGCUACCCUGUCACCCGGGCCACCUUCCUGGACUCCCUGCCUCUCGUGUUCGCCACUGCACUACCUGCUCUGAGAACGUUCGCCAUCUAUGGUGCGCUCCGGCCUGCCAUGCAUCCAACCUUCUAUCGCGCACUCCGCCAGUUCGGCCACCUCCUGUCCCUGCAUCUUUCUGAUGUCCGGCUGAGUAAUGUUACCGAGCUGCAGCGGGUCGUCUACGCAUUCCCUAAUCUGCAAGCGCUGCACUUACGCGGUGUAACCUUGGUGCAAACAGACUCUGCCUGUUGCAGGUACCAAUUGCCGACGCAUACACCGCUAGAGUACAAGCUCAAACAGCUUGAACUCUUCUUGGAUGAGCGUGAAGGCGAAAGACCCUAUCUUACUUGCAUAACCAAUUGGCUUGUAGGCUCAACCAUCUGCGCUUCCCUCACCGACCUAGCGGCGGGCCUCAACGGCUUAGAAGUGAAAUUUGGGGCACGUGGACAGCAAGGGCGGGCCUGCGAGCAGAUCACCCUACUCCUCGAAACAUGUGGACCAUCAUUGCUAUCCUUUCACGGGCGACUCGCUGCGAUGGUUGAACCUCCUGCUGGUUACCACCUCGUGCACAAUACGGCACUGCGGCGUCUGACGCUAGAAGUGGAUCUUUUCAACGUUGGUCACUGGGAAGAAAAAUGGCUACGAGCAGCGAGUCGGCUCUAUGCCACUCUUUCCACUGUUCGAAGCCAGCAGCUGGAGUGUAUCACAAUCAAACUCACAUAUGAUGAUUGGGGCAGUGACUGGACACUUGAGUCGGUCCUUGUGGGUCCGGAGGCACCUAUCCUCACCCAGGAGAUGUUGACAUCACAAUGGCGCUCCCUGCACGACGUGAUGGACCGCUUGUAUUCCGACAAGCUCAGGGACGUCACUGUCGAGACAUUGAUUCUACACUAUGGAGGGCUAUGGAGCGAGGAGGAAGCCAACGCUGUUGAUCAACGCAUAAUACCCAUUUAUCGGCAAUUAUUCGCGCCAUGGAAUCAUCGUGGCAUAGUCAAGAUGACAAACAUUGACCACGCACAAGGUUAA